ACGCCUCUUCCGGUUGUGAUCACGCUUGUGCGGAGGGUGCCUGAAGUCACCGGAAGGAGGUGCGGAGAGCACGUGACCUGCAUAGGACAACGAGGGACAGGAGCGAGGAGCGUGAUUGGUCACCGUUAGUCACAUUGAUCUGCUGAGUAAUGGCUUCAGCAGUUGAACGAAUGGAUGAACUUGUUCGUGAGUACCUGCUCUACCGAGAAUUCACUAGUACACUUAGAACUUUUGACAUCGAGAUCAAGGCAGACAAGGAUAAAGGAUUUCGAGUUGAUAAAAUUGUAGAACAACUGCAACAUUUGGUUCAAGGUUAUGACCUUAGUGGACUGCGUGAAUACUGGGGGUACCUGGAUCAUCGCCUGUUCAGCAGACUGGAGGAUGCAUAUCGACACACAGUCAACAAGCUGAAAACCAGUUUGUACCGUUACUAUCUGGUCCAUACCAUCCAGUCUAAUAGGAUUGAUAAAACCCAGGAGUUCUUCCAGAAACAGGCCCUGGAACUGCAGAACCAGCCAGAAUGGAAAGAAUGGUUUGUUCUUCCUUUCGUUCCGAAUCCAGAUCAGAACCUAGUGUUUGCCACCUACUUCUCCAAGCAAUGGGCAGAGACUUUUUUGGUGUCAUUGCACAACUUUUUAAGCGUGCUGUUCCAGUGUAUGCCUGUUCCUAUGUUGCUGAACUUUGAUGCAGAGGUCCAGAGAUGCUACCAACUACAGGAAGAAAAUGAAGUCUUAAGGCAGAAGUUGUUUGCUCUGCAAGCAGAGCCAAGAAUGAAGAAAGAAGAGGAGAUGAUUCACCACAAAUUGCCUCCAUACAUUCAGAACAUGGACCGACUGGGAGAUUCAGAAUUAGAAUUGAUGUCCAGUCAGAGGGCCUCGUCAGUGAUGUCGUCUCAGCCCAAAGCUGGCUCAUUUCUGUCAUUGCUACUCCCACAAAGCAAGAAACCCUCAGGAAAAGGCCAGGUGCACCCAGGGCCUUUGCAGUCCUGUCAGAGUCCGGUGUCAUUCGGAAAGAGAGAUGGUGCCAACAAUCAGACCACCAAGAGUAAAGAGACUUUGGCCUCCAAAGAUGGAAAAGUUCUGAUGAACACAGCAGCUGACACCAGCACGCUGCAGCAGCGACAGAGGAAGAUACAGGACCAUGAGAGAGACCCAAACAUGGUGCAGCAGCGACAGAAGAAGGUGCUGGACCAUGAAAAAGAACGAAAGGAUCUGUUAUCCAAACAUAAUACACAGGGUAUGGAGAAAAACUCUGAGCCCGGCUGCACUGAAAUGGAUAUUUCCAGCAGCCCUGACAUGUCUGUGGAUCAACAGGACUCUCCUACAAAACUGAACAAGUGUAGCUUGGAGCGCAGGAGUGAACAGCCUUUCAUAGUGCUGAGUCAGGAAGAAUAUGCAGAACAUCACUCCUCCAUCAUGUAUUGUGGGGUGGAUUGCUCUGGCAGGAGAGUUGCCAGUCUGGAUAUUGAUGGAGUGGUUAAAGUGUGGACAUUUAACCCCACGAUGCAGACUAAAGCCACUAUAAUGUCCAAAUCACAGCUGCUUUCCUUGGAAUGGGCUACCAAACCAGACAGAUUGCUGUUGCUUGGCAGUGGGAUCGGAACAGUUCGACUUUAUGAUACCGAAGCUAAGAAGAGUCUCUAUGAGCUGACAAUUGGUGAAUCUUAUCCUAGAAUUUUGUCCUUAUCUUGUAGUCCAAGUGGAACAUCAUUUGUUUGCUCCUCAGCUGCUCCAAGCAUCAAACUGGGAACAGUGGUGGAAGCAGGAGAUAAAGGAGUUAACCUGGUUCCAGGUGAUCUCCUCCUAUGGGACACAAAAACGAUGAAGCAGCAGCACCAGUUUUCUCUGGACCCUGAGCCUAUUGCCAUUAACUGUACAGCUUUCAACCAUAAUGGAAAUCUGCUGGUGACUGGAGCUGCUGAUGGCAUCAUCCGACUCUUUGACAUGCAGCGGUAUGACUGUGCUAUGAGCUGGCAUGCACAUUCUGGAGAAGUUUAUUCAGUGGAGUUCAGCUAUGACGAAAAUUCAGUUUACAGCAUUGGUGAAGAUGGAAAGUUUAUUCAAUGGAACAUCCAUAAGAGCGGAGUCAAGGUUUCUGAAUGCGAGAUGCAGUCAGAUGCUAUCGGCCCAUUUGUACUGUCUGGCUACAGCGGGUACAAGCAAGUUCAGGUGCCUCGUGGAAGACUAUUUGCAUUUGAUUCAGAAGGGCACUAUGUACUCACUUGUUCCUCUAGUGGUGGAGUUAUUCACAAGCUGACAAAUGCUGAGCAAAUCUUGGAGCCUUGCCUAUCACUUGGAGGUCAUCGGGCACCUGUGGUCACUGUUGAUUGGUGCACUGCAAUGGAUUGUGGGACAUGCCUGACAGCAUCCAUGGAUGGGAGGAUUAAGCUGACAACUCUACUAGCCCAAAAAGCAUGAAUGAAAAACCAUCAGGACUGAAGCUACACUCUGGCUGACUGAGAGACAUUGCCCCAUUAGCAAGGUGCAGGACGUUGCAAUAGUGUGCUUCCAGUGCAAUCUGUGAAGGUUUCACUAACCAAAUGAUUCCCGAUAUUUUGCUGCCUAUGAAAGUCAUUUCUGUUUUAGUCUUAUUUCUAAAACUUCACUUCAAGAACAGCUUAUUGUGAAUGCCAGGGACCAGGGUUAAUGUACUGUCCCAGGCCACAAUUAAUUGUAGCUCUCACCUCUUUUGUCACAGUGGUGGAACAUGUCCUCAGAAUGAACAAAUAUACUGUCUCUUAACCUCAUCACACUAUUGUGACAUGAUCUGCAUCUUAUGCUUUGUUACUUUGCUGGUGUCGGUCACAUGCCAAAUAGUGUUAUUGUGACCCAAUUCAACCAGAAAUUCAUAGGCUAGACCUUUGUUAGCUUAGCUUACCUGAUCUUAGAUGGUCCAGUUGUCCAAUACAACAGCUUAGUUGAGUACCUUAGGCAGAAGGUUAUAUGUUAUCUAAGUUCUUACUUCUGUGGUAUCUGUUUCUGUCUAGUGGACUGUUUUUGUGUUUUUUCAUUGUGCACAAGAUCUGGGCAAACUAUGAAAUCUCAUAGUUAGGUAUGCUGCAGGUAUUCUCAGUGUAGCCUCAUGUGAUAACUAAUGGUUUUGAAGGAUCACACAUAUGUAUAUUGUAUAGAAGGAAACAUGGAUAAAAUAAACCUGAUCCAGAAAUAUUCCCA